CGCCCUCAAACGUGUCGUACAAUCCACCAGAAAAAGUUUAAUGGCCACCUAUGUAAUUGCAAAUGGCUGACAUCUCAAUAGAGGAUGGGCCUUGAUUUCCUAUGCGUGAAACUAACGGUUCAAAAAAUGUCGUGUAGUGCCGACGCGUGUUAUUUUUAACAGUGAUUUUCAUUGGGAUUAUCGUUAUCGUUUUACGCGUCGAAACGACAAUUGGGUAAGUGUGACAAAGUACGCGGGAAAAAAUGACUCGUGGCCGGAGACACGCGCCCUCAGUUAAACUGAUCCGGUAACCGUUUCCGAGCACGUAAGCGUGUGGAAUUUCGAAUAAAUCGAUAGCAUUGUGAUUCUACGUGAUCGAGAUCCGAGAAUUUCGUCUAUUAUGUGAAGUGUAUCGUGAUAUCGUCAGUAAAAAUACUUUGUACGGGCUGUAACGUGUAUAAUCACGAGGAGAAGGAAUAACAGACAAGGACCAUUUGAUACAAAAGAAAAAGAUCACAAUGCCUGCCGUGAGCAUUUGUGAUCCGGUAGCGGCCACACUCCGCCGUACUUUGGAUACGAGUCAAUCCAAAACGUCAGAUGACUUAUCAGCAAAUUUAGUUGGUAGUGCAUCUAGGAUCCUACAAUCAGAAAUUCAAUAUACGGAAGCGGAUGAUUAUCAAACAACAAUUCUGGAUCAACUCAAAGCCAAAUACAUUGUGUUAAGCUUACCAAACUCAGAAAAUUCUGAGGAUAAAGUGAAAGACAAUGGGAAUUAUGGAAAGAAAAAUGAAAAAUUACCUAAGGGGCCGAGUUUACCAGAACCAACUACUACUCUUUAUUCCUCAAAGAAAGUCACUUUAGGAUGGAAAGGCACAUUUCCUGUUGGAGCGGGCAUGUACAAUGUUGGAAAUACUUGUUAUUUGAAUAGUACACUUCAAGCAUUGUUUCAUGUACCAGCACUUGUUAACUGGUUAUUAUCAGAUACACACCACACAUCAAAAUGUGAACAAAAUGAUGCAGGUGGAGAGUGCCUUACCUGUGCAGUGGCAAAGACUUUACAAUUUAGUCACCAAAAGUCUGGAUGUGCUAUUAAGCCAUUUUAUAUAUACAAUAAAUUGAAGCUCAUUUGCCGAACCAUGGUGCCAGGGCAACAAGAAGAUGCUCAUGAAUUUUUACGUUAUUUAUUAGAAGGCAUGGAGAAAGCUUAUUUAGCAAGGCACAAAGCUAGUAAAUUAGACAGUUACUCUAAAGAGACAACUCCUAUUAAUCAAAUUUUUGGUGGUUAUAUUCGUACCGAAGUAAAGUGCCUACAGUGUCGGCAUGUUUCUACUACAUUUCAGCAUUUUCAGGACUUACUGGUAGAUAUACGGAAAGCAAGUACUCUAGAUGAAGCAUUAAGUAGUUAUUUUAGUCGAGAACAGUUAGAUAACAAUGAUUACAAAUGCGAAGCUUGUAAAAGAAGAGUUCCUGCCACAAAACAGUUCAGUCUAGAACGACCUCCCAAAGUACUUUGUGUACAGUUGAAGAGGUUUAGCGUUCUAGGUGGAAAAAUAUCGAAACAUAUAGGUUUUAAACAGGCUAUUGAUAUGGGUCCUUAUCUCUGGAGGGAACCAGGGGAGCCUGUACAACCGCUAACAUACAAACUGACAUCAAUAGUGACGCAUAUGGGUCCAUCAGUGAAUUGUGGCCAUUAUACUGCGGUUGCCAAGGUUUCAACGGGUCAUUACUAUUCUUUUGAUGAUUCUUGUGUUCGUCCAAUUAGUUUGAGUAAUGUAUUGAGUACAAACGCAUAUAUAAUGAUUUUUGAGAUGGAGCAAUUGACACAAUCUCAGGUACAGAAUCAACAGACUGUUAAAUUAAAUGGUACAUUGACUGUAAACAAUACAUUGUCCUCACCUGGAAGUCCUAUGAAUAGAACGAUAAGUCCUAAAGCGUCAACGUCUGGAUUGAUAACAUUAAAUGGAUCGAUGAAUGGCACGUUGACUAUUAAAGAAUGUAGCGAAAAUUCGGAGACUAGUUCUCAAGUGUCAGUGAAUAAAAAUUCAGAUGCACAGUUUUCCACACAAAAAGUAACCAAUUUUAUUGGACCACAGUUGCCACAGAAAUUGCAAGACAAAACGCAACCGAGGUUAAUUAUGCAUAUUAAAAAUGGAAAAAUUUUGAAUGAAAAUAGUUUGGUACCUUAUGACGGAUCUAGCGAAGAAGAAGAUGCUAAUUUCACUGGAUCAGUAAAAAAUAAAAUAAACUCAAAUAUCACGUCGAAACCAAACACUUCUCCUACUGGCACUAACGGUGUCCAAAAAGGAUGUUCAGUAAAAAGUAAUUCACCUAAAACGGUUCUUGUCACAAAGGACGUACAAAAAUCAGUAUCGAAGACUAAUGGUAGUAAUGUUUUGCAAAAUCAAAGUAAUGUAGUACAAUGUACAAAAACGCAAAAUGGUUCUAGCUGUAGUACCGUUACCAGUCUGAAAAAGUAUCAGAAUGGUCAAUUGGAAGCAAAUGGUAAAAUGGAAUGCAACAAAGUGGAAAAUAGUAAGAGUAAGUGGCAUCAGUCUGUUAGAAUAAAGACUGGACAAGAUGAGAAAGUUAUCACAAAAGCAGCAACUAGUAUGAAAGGAUGGCAAGUUUCGAAGGACACAUUUUCUCCUGCGUCGACUGCGGCACCUAAUGGGUGGUCCGUUACGGAUAAGGAAGACAUUAAUAAGAUUAGUCAUAAUAACACUACCCCCAGUGCUGCGGCCUUAAGGGAUUUCAAUGGAACGAACCAUUCGGAGACAGUUUCACAUUUAUUGAAGAUGUCUCACCGCGGUUAUGGUAGUUCUACGGUGUUAAAUUGGAACGGAAACAGAACGCAUUUAGAUCGAGAGGUAGACAACGACAGAAGAGAAGAACGUAAACGUCAUUUUAAUACAAACGACGACGAUAUAGAUCGUGGUCGAGUGAAGAAGGUGAAGGAUCACCGAACAUAUGAAGACAGAAGUAACACGGGCUACAAUCCUUUCCAAGAGUACCAAAACGGUAAAACGUGGGACCGGUCUCUUAAUAAUUAUCAUCGGAGACAGUAUUACAACACUUCUACCCAUAGUCGACAACGGCAUGGUAGACAAUACAGAUCAGCACAUUACAGAUACCAUAGUCAUUCUCGAGCACACUGGCAACGGGAAUAAAAUAAAAAGAGAAUUAUUAUUGAAAGAAGAAAAGAAAUUUAAAAAGCAAUCCGAUAUCAAAAGACUUUGUUAGUUCUUCUAUUGCUAAAGCAAAUUGUAAUUUUUUCAACAUGUUGAUGCGAAAACGUGGAAGCGACUAAUGCUAAUUUAGACAAUUGACGUUGGAACUAAAUAUUCAAUAUUUAAUUGUAAAGGGUUCAAACUGCAUGAUAACAGUCUUGUACGUUCCUGAGAGUGACUUAAAAGUACUCUGACGUCGUUUUGUAGUUUACUCUGUGUCCAUGGACAUUGUACUACACAGAACAUGGGGGAUGAGUAUCAGUAACUCUGCCAAUCUUGUGUUCAAAAUGAAUAAAAUUAACUUUUGAACGUUAUUGAUUUAGUCUUGUACGCGUAAUAUUGGAGGAAUGGAUGAAUGAUUGCUAUGGUGUUUAAACGUUACAUUAGUAAUUUUUAAAUAUACCGAUAAGAGUUUUA